AUGUUCGGUUCGGUUUCGGCGAUACUCGAUACGGACGAGGAUGGCACGUACGGGGAGGCACAUAAGGUGCAAUCGAGUUGCUUAUUCAACUUACUAUUGAGUUUGGAGGACCCCUCGCCCGAUCCAUUAAAUAUCGCCGAACUGGUAAAAGAGCCCAAGCCGCUAAAAGCUAUUGAUUUUUGCUAUCACGACGAAGAUGGUGACGUCACUGUGUUGGAUUGCAUCACCUUAUGCGUUAUGGUGGUUUCUUACUCUGCCGAGAGCACCCGCGGCUAUCAAAUGCUGAUCAUUCUUGAGGCUAUACUACCAUGCUAUUUACAACAAAUCCAAUCGCCCAGCUAUAUUCCGUUACAAGGCAAAUCGGAGCGUGACAUAAUUUUACAGUUGGCUGUCGCCAUACGAACUAUGGUCCACAAUUGCGAGGGUCUGGCGAAGAGUUACAAUGGUCCAUAUCGUAAUAGCCCAGAACACAAGGGCUCAUCGCAACGCAAUUGUAGUCGCGGUCCACCUUGUUCGCCCGGUCUUGACUUCGAGGAGGAAUCGCACUCGAAAUAUGUUAACGAUCCACGCACAAAGAACAUAAUGGAUUCUGGCGAAGAUUCCGAAAUGAUACGCACAGAGUAUCGACGUCCUCGUGACGUGCUGCUUUCAGUAGUCGGCGAUUUCCUCAGCAAAUCAAGCACGCGUUUGUUGGAAUUGUCAAAGAAGCUGCCGAAUGAUAACAAAACCACAGAGGUGUUGGAUGCCAAAUGCCAUAUGCGUUUAGCAGAAAUCGCGCAUUCGCUGCUGAAGGUCUCACCCUACGAUCCCGAGUCCAUGGCAUGCCGUGGAUUACAGCGCUAUAUGCAAGCCAUUUUGCCACGUGCUGAAUGGUCGAAUGAUGCGCUACGCAACUCACUAAUCACCAUAUUGCGACGUGUGGACAAAGUAUUUUUGAAAAUAUCCAAGAAACCUUCGAUACGACGCAACACCGACUGGGAGGCAGCUGCCGGUUUGCUUAAGGGUAUACAUGAAACGAUCGUGCGACAUCCGUAUGUGCUGCACUGGCAACAGAUGAAAACGCUCGUCAGCACAGUGCAAAAUCUAAUUGUGAACGAAGGCACUAGCGCCGGUGAGGGUGUGUCAAGCGCAG